CUCCCCUCCCCUCCGCUCUACUCUCCUCCUCACUCCGUUGCGGCGGCGCCCGCUCGUCUCCGGCGAAAACCCUAGCAUCUCCUCCCCUCUCGCCUCUACGCAGCCAUGGAGAGGAGAGAUCGCGACGGCGGAGGAAGCAGCAGCAGGAGGUAUCCUGGAGCUCCGGUGGUUGAGGAGGGGGAUGGAGUGUACGGGCUGGAGGAUGACGACGACUUCCGGCUGCCGAUGAGCCACCGCCCCACGGAGAACCUCGACACGGAGGGGCUGGAGCAGGCCUCCGUCGACACGCAGCUCACCGCCUCCAACGUCGGCUUCAGGCUGCUCCAGAAGAUGGGGUGGAAGGGCAAGGGCCUCGGCAAGAACGAGCAAGGUAUAAUAGAGCCUAUAAAAGCUGGUAUCAGAGAUGCAAAACUAGGCGUGGGGAAGCAAGAGCAGGAUGACUUCUUCACAUCUGAAGAUAAUGUGCAAAGGAAGAAAUUAAAUAUAGAACUUGAGGAGACUGAAGAACAUAUAAAGAAGCGCGAGGUCAUAGCAGAACGUGAGCAGAAAAUACGUACUGAGGUCAAGGAGAUACAGAAGGUGUUCUUUUGCAGUCUCUGUAACAAGCAAUACAAAUUGGCACAUGAAUUUGAGUCUCAUUUGAGCUCAUACGACCACAAUCAUAGGAAGAGGUUUAAGGAAAUGAGAGAAAUGCAAAGCGGCAGCAGCAACCGUGAUGACAGGCAAAAACGUGAGCAACAACGAGAAGAGAAGGAACUGGCAAAAUUUGCUCAACUGGCUGAUGCUCACAGGAAGCAGCAGCAGCAGAAGCAAGAACAAUCGGAGAGCUCAUCAGAGAGAAUUACAAUGAAGAACUUGCCUAACCCUGGAAAUCAGGAUCAGCGUCAAACCUUGAAGUUUGGCUUCUCCAAAAUGGCUCCUUCCAAGGCUCCAGUUGGCAACGUAAGCAAGAAACCAAAGGUCGCUACGAAAGUGUCAUCAGUAUUUGGCAAUGAAAGUGAUGAAGAAUCAUGAUCUUUGCCCAGUAGUGAUCACACUGAAGGAAAGGGUCCUGCAGAAGAGAAUUAAUUUUGUGAACAUGCCAUGACACGUGUAAUGCCAUGCCAUGAUCUUUGUCAUGAUAAUACUAUUUAAUCCUUCUGACGUGGACGGUGGCAUCUCAGGCGAGUCACAUAUGAACUUCAAUGUUGAAAUGUUAAUUGUAUCAAGUCGAGGGUACAUUGGAAGAGUAACUCAGUUUCCACUACAGUUGUUGGAUAUGGAACUUGAUUAGUUAGUACAAA